UGGACAUGGACAAGUGAAGAAAGCAGCAGAUGGCUAUAUACAGGGAGGAAUGCAUCCUUGAAGAUAGAGUGGCUAACUCUCUUAAAACCACAUUCAAAAAGAACAACACCAUUACUGGAGAUAACAGAAUGAAGCUCAAAGUCGGACAAGAGAGUGACAGAAAGAUACUGAAACGUCUCCGGAAAUUUAGGCUUCAUUCCUUAAAAGGUCUUUACCUGAUGGAUGUAAAGAAAGAUACCCGUAUUAUCAAACAGUUCUUGGCAGAAUGAGUCCCUCACCAUAAGAUAGAGGAGUUUUAUUUUUCAAGACCUGAUAUCUUCUUUGGAAGGGUCUAUCACUUCUCUCAGGAGUUAUCAAGAAUCGCUAAUUUCACGACGUGUGUCUUCCACAUUAUGAAUUUUAAAGUAUCCCUUCCAAUAUUUUCAAGGCUUUUGGUAUCAGGAAGAGAAUGCAGGCAAAAAGUUGAAUUUAACAACUGCAGGAUCCUGAAGAGUAAAGCCAUUGCAUUCGGGUCGUCUUUUGAAAAGGCUAAGUUGACUUAUCUAGGCCUUCCUGGAUGUGGAUCUUGGAACUGAGGAGACUGGAAGACUGAUCCAAAGAUCCUGUACACACUACUAGAUUCUCUGUGUAGUUCAGAGUAUCUUAAACAAUCUCUAUCAGGGUUAAACAUAACUCCUGUAGACUACAACAAGGCUAUGGUGAAGUAUUACCUGACCACCAAAGGAUUCCAGCAGAUGUAUUAAGGCUACACUUAAAUUGUUUUCGAUAAGCCUAGAAUUUACUUAUUCUUGUUUUAGCACGCCUAGCGUUGGAAAUUAAACCAGAAACAUAUCUGUAGGAUGAGAGUGCGUUAUUCUGUACCUCCAUCCUUUGUAGUAGCAACCUGAGCAUGCAUAUU